CGCCGCCCCCUCCCGCGGGUCCUGCGGCGGGCGGGGGCGGGGGCGACGCGCCGGGCGCCGGGAUGCGCCGGGGGCGAGGCGGGGCCGGGCAGCUCCGCGCUCCCCGCCGCGACGCUAGGUGAUGGGUCUGUCCGAAAGUGAGAGGGACAUAGCAGACAUGUGCUCAUCCAAGCCCCGGAGGCGGUACGGGUCACCACUGGAGAUCAGCCUGUCAGUGCUGGUCCUGCUGCUGACCAUCAUUGCGGUCACCAUGAUCGUCCUCUACGCCACCUACGACGAUGGCAUCUGCAAGUCCUCAGAAUGCAUCAAGUCAGCCGCCAGGCUGAUCCAGAACAUGGACGCGUCGGCCGAGCCGUGCACCGACUUCUACCAGUAUGCCUGCGGGGGCUGGAUGAAACGCCACGUCAUCCCCGAGACCAGCUCCCGCUACAGCAACUUUGACAUCCUGAGGGACGAGCUUGAGGUGGUGCUGAAAGACGUCCUUCAGGAGCCCAAAGAGGGGGACAUUGAGGCCGUGCAGAAGGCGAAGACCCUGUACCGCUCCUGUGUGAACGAGACUGUGGUCAACGACAGAGGUGGGGUUCCUCUGCUGAAUGUCCUGCCGGAUAUCUAUGACUGGCCAAUGGCGACAGAUAAGUGGGACAACCAGCCCUACAAUGCUGCCUGGACAGCAGAGAAGUCUAUGGCCCAACUCAGUUCUAAGUAUGGAAAGAAAGUCCUGAUCAACCUUUUUGUCGGCACCGAUGACAAGAACUCCUCAAGCCACAUAAUCCACAUUGACCAGCCGCGGCUCGGGCUGCCGUCCAGAGACUACUACACAUGCAGCGGGGUGUACGCAGAGGCGUGCAAGGCAUACAAGGAGUUCAUGGUUUCUGUGGCCAUGCUAAUCCGGAAGGAAAGAAAAGUGGCGGUCGACGAGGCACAGAUCAGGAAUGAAGUGGAGACAGUGAUGCAGCUGGAGACGGCGAUUGCCAACGCCACCACCAAGGCAGAAGACCGGAAUGAUCCAAUGCUCCUCUAUAACAAGAUGACACUAACCCAGGUCAAAGUUAACUUCUCCCUGAAAGUGGACAAUCAGCCAUUCAACUGGUCCAGUUUUAUCAACGAGAUCAUGAAGACCGUGAAUAUCAGUGUUCCAGAUGAAGAGAAUGUGAUUGUUUAUGCUCCAGAGUAUUUAACCAAACUCGAGGACAUUCUUAUCAACUAUACCAAAAGAGAUGUGCAGAACCUGAUGGCCUGGCACUUCAUCAUGGACAUGGUCAACAGCCUUAGCCGGAACUACACGGAGUCCCGCAAUGCUUUCCGCAAGGCACUGUACGGCACCACCUCUGAGACGGCAGCCUGGCGGCGCUGUGCCAACUACGUCAAUGGGAACAUGGAGUCUGCGGUGGGGCGGCUGUACGUGGAGGCGGCGUUUGCUGGGGAGAGUAAACACGUGGUCGAGGACCUGAUCGCACAGAUCCGGGAAGUUUUCAUCCAAACCCUUGACGACCUCACCUGGAUGGACGCGGAGACCAAGAAGAAGGCAGAGGAGAAGGCCUUGGCCAUCGUAGAAAGGAUCGGCUACCCUGAUGAGAUCAUCUCCAACAACGACAAGCUCAACAAAGAGUACCUGGAGCUGAACUACAGGGAGGAUGAGUACUUCGAGAACAUCAUCCAAAACCUGAAGUUCGGUCAAAGCAAACAGCUGAAGAAGCUGCGGGAAAGCGUGGACAAGAACGAGUGGAUCAGUGGGGCCGCAGUGGUGAACGCCUUCUACUCCUCGGGCAGGAACCAGAUAGUCUUCCCCGCUGGCAUCCUGCAGCCCCCCUUCUUCAGUGCCCAGCAGCCCAAGUCUCUCAACUACGGAGGCAUCGGCAUGGUCAUUGGGCACGAGAUCACCCACGGCUUUGACGACAACGGCCGGAACUUCAACAAGGACGGGGACCUGCAGGACUGGUGGAGCCCGCAGUCGGCCAAGAGCUUCAAGGAGCUGUCGCAGUGCAUGGUGCAGCAGUACGGCAACUUCUCCUGGGACCUGGCCGGCGGGCAGUUCCUCAAUGGCAUCAACACUCUGGGAGAGAACAUAGCUGACAACGGAGGCCUCGGCCAGGCCUACAGGGCCUAUCAGAGCUACAUCCGGAAGCACGGUGCUGAGAAGCUGCUCCCCGGGCUGGACCUUAACCACAACCAGCUUUUCUUCCUGAACUUCGCCCAGGUGUGGUGCGGGACCUACCGGCCAGAGUACGCCGUCAACUCCAUCAAGACAGACGUGCACAGCCCAGGGAACUUCAGGAUCAUCGGGACCCUGCAGAACUCCCCUGAGUUCUCCCAAGCCUACAACUGCCACAGUCGUGACUACAUGAACCCCACCAAGAAGUGCCGAGUGUGGUGAUCUUGGGGCCCGUGCCCUCGGCUGGACUCGUCCUGGGCCCCAUGGGGCUCCAUCCCCCUGGAGUACCGUGUGUGCAGGGACGCCGAGCUGACGUGGCGGGAAAGCGGGGGGCCGUGGCCAGUGUGGCUCAAGUCUCUGCAGACACUGGCACAAGUCUCUGCAGACACCCAGUUCCCGUCCCUCGAUGCCUCCUGCCGGCCGGCCGCGCCUCUGCCCGCCAUCCACGUGGUCAGGGGACACUCCACCCGAGGAAGACGCAGAGGCUGAACCUCACCAACGGGGCAGGCGGGGCUGGUGCUGACGAGACCUGGGAUAUCAUCCCUGAGCAGCCGAGCGCCCCCAACCUUGCAGAGGCCACUGCUGGCCGACGGGCAGCGCCCAGGCUGCACUCCGAGGGUCACCCCGGCACUCACUGCCCCUUCCCAGCUAAAGGCCUCUGACGGCUUCCUGCGGGGUCGGCUCAGAUGGAUCCCGGAGUCCUGUGGCCCCUACGGU